GCGAAGGUUGAGCCCGCGGCUGAGCAGCAAAGGGAGGAGGGCGGCGGCGGCGGCAGCUCCUUCUCAUGGCGCUCAACCUGAGCCGGAAUGGGCCGGCGCUGCAGGAGGCCUACGGCCGGGUGGUGGCCUCCGGGAGCCCGACGGACUGGGCUCUGUUUACUUAUGAGGGUAACAGCAAUGACCUGAGAGUGGCUGGGACUGGAGAUGGAGGCCUGGAGGAGAUGGUGGAAGAACUCAACAGUGGGAAAGUGAUGUAUGCCUUCUGUAGGGUGAAAGAUCCCAACUCCGGUUUGCCCAAAUAUGUGCUCAUCAAUUGGUUUGGCGAAGGCGUUAAUGAUGUGAGGAAGGGAGCCUGUGCCAACCAUGUCAGCUCCGUGGCAAACUUCUUGAAGGGUGCUCAUGUAACAAUAAAUGCUCGGGCUGAUGAAGAUGUGGAACCAGAUACUAUCAUGGAGAAAGUGUCUAAGGCUUCCGGAGCAAACUACAACUUUCACAAAGAAGGCAGCAAGUUCCAGGAUGCAGGCCCUCAGGCACCUGUGGGUUCAGUCUACCAGAAAACUAAUGCCAUGUCUGAGAUCAAAAGAAUCAGUAAAGACAACUUCUGGGCCAAAGCAGAGAAAGAUGAGGAGAACCGUCGGCUAGAGGAAAAGAGAAAAGCAGAAGAAGAGCGCAAGCGCCUGGAAAAGGAGCGCCGGGAGCGGGAAUUGCAGGAAGCAACUUUACGUGAGCAAAGAUUUAAGGAGCGGGCCAAUGAGAUAGAUGCCCAGAAGAAAUUCCAGCAACAACAGGAAACAGAGUCAAGAGACAGAGAUAAGCAACAACGGAAAGAGGAGGAAGAUCACUGCAAGAGGCAGCAGGGUAUCCGAAGGAGAAGUGAGUCUGUGGAGAAAGCUCAGGAAGCAGCAUCACUAAUAUCACAAAGAUCAGUGAAUCCUCGUGAUAUCUUCAGACAGAAAGAGAGGUCCAUGUCCACUGAAGCGGCAGCUGCUGGUUCCCAGCCAGGCAAGUUACGGAGCCCCUUUCUCCAGGAGAACAGUCACGUGGAGGCCCCCGUCUCCCCCGUCCUUCCUGCUGUGCAAGAUGUUCACCCUCCUCCUGUUGUCCAUUCAUCUGUACACGACACACCUCCCGUCUCUCCUGGUCCCGAGCAUGGCGAUUCUGUAAAACAGGACACUCCUGUCUCCCACCCAGAAGUGGAACAUGAAGCAGUAUAUGAAGAACCACCUAGUCAGCCAGCUAUCUAUGAUGAACCUCCUGAGGAACAACCUGAAGACACUAAAUAUGAGUACACUGAAAACUACCAGCAAAAUCCUAACUUGGAGGGGAAAGGUUUAUGUGCUCGAGCUCUAUACGACUAUCAAGCUGCUGACGACACUGAGAUCUCUUUCGACCCUGAGAACAUCAUCACCAACAUUGAGAUGAUUGAUGAGGGCUGGUGGUGUGGUUAUGGUCCUGAUGGCCACUUCGGGAUGUUCCCUGCCAACUAUGUGGGACUCAUCGAAUAAGUGGCUUGUGCUGGGGAAAGGAUGCAAGCAAUACCUGGAAGAACAGCUCUGUCCAUUCCGAUUCUCGAGGUGAAAUGCUGCAUUGCUUUUUAAGAGUGACGUGCCAUUGCUUGGUGCCCUUGUUGCUGGAGCAGCGUCUGCCUCUGCCUGGUGAAGCAGCACUUGUCCUUUGCCUUCUUUUUGCUUUCCUUAACUGGGAUUUUUAGGUGAGGAUAGGCAAUCCAUCUUGGCAGUGCACAGCCCUUUCCUUUAGAUUGUUUGAGGGUGGGAGGGAAAUACCUUUUAGAGGAGUAAAGGCUUUGGCCAAAAACAUCAUUUCCGGACACACAGGGACCAGAUCACUGUUUGAACUUCCAACUUGGAGCAUUUAGAGAUAAGAUGAGCUUAACAAAAAUAGGGAUGUCUCAUGCAGACUUAUGUUUGAUUUGAUGUGUUGCAGAAUUCCAAGACAGCGUAAAGAGGUAUCGUAAGGCAUGCGUGUUGGUGAAAUUUAAGCUUGCAAUCCAUAACCCAGUUCUCUGAAAGGUCUGCUUUGGGGAAAAUGGAUUGUGCUUUGUAGCUUUUGGAGAUGCAGUCUACUAGGAAGCACUUGAGGGCAAGUUCUGCUGAAAGGGAUGGCGUUGUGCGUUACGUCUGCAGUGCUCUUGUGCAGCCCCCUUCCAUUUCAGUGGAGUAAUUAUUCAAUGGGAGAUUGUGCCCUCUAAGUGCUCCAUUCUUUUGUGUGGGGAUCAAGCUGGGCUGCCCUUUAAGUUCUUGGGUAUUUGUGGAAAUUCUCUCCUUGCUUUAGAGCAAAAUGCUGCCACGGCGGCUUCUUGAACAUGUCUUCAGACAUAAACACCAUCGAGGCCGUUUGUAAGAGAGAAGCCCUGGAAGCAAUGCCAGCAUUCACUGCUUUAAAUAUAAUGCUCUGUGUGUGUGUUGCGUGGCUUGGCUACUAGAAGGGGACCUUGACUCCAGCAUUACCGUUUCUUAGAUUUUAAAAGCCUUAAAUUGCCUUUAGAUAGGAGUUGGAUUAAUUUCUCCUUUCUUUCCUUUUUAUAGUUGGGUAGAAGGAAAGAUAAAGACACCCCCGGCAGCUGAGCCACUUAGGAGUGGUGCGCAUGUGCUGUGAUGAUUGUGUGACACUGUGCACCCCUAAUCAACAUCAGCUAAUUGUAUUAACCCAGUAAAGCCAUUUGUGGGGUCAAAUGCUUCAUUUUAAAUAACCUGUCAAACUCUCACCAGGCGCUGCCUCCUCUUGGUGUAUUAGCUAUGACUGAAAGUCCCCCCCCCCCUUUUUAAAGCAUUUUAGCAUUCUUUUGUCUGUUUUGCUGGACAUGGGUUGGAUGCAGUUCUCAUCCAAAUGUUCAAAGUGCUCUCUAUUCAGAUAAUCUGACAGGAACAUAAGUGCUGUAGGAGAGAGCUUCCUGUUUGUUUAAUGUUUGCAACUAGUGCUGUUGCAAGGUUAAAUUCCACUCUGCCCUGCCUUUAUGCCUGAUGUGGUAACAAUUACAGAAACAAGAAUUCCUAAAGCAGCUCUCAGUUAAUCUGUUCCAGCCAGUUUUCCUUUAAUGGCAUCUUUAAAAAUGAUAGUUUCGAUGGUAGUGAGAAGUUUCCAGAAAUAGAUUCUUUCCACAUGCUUUGCUUUCCCCAGUCUGUGGAAGCAAACCAUGAACUAUUAAUUCCACUUCUGAAAAGGAUUGCUGUCUUAUUCCCUACUCUCCCCCCACCAGGUAUAGAACAAACCUUUCAAAAACACUGUCCGUGCUUAACUCCUCUAUACAAAAUAACAUCUAAUAUGGGACCUCUUCUUUUAGCUUGACUACAUUGGGCUGUACUUUUUGUUAUCUUAAUUCCAUCUUUCCUUUCAGGAAUGAUAAAGAAAUUUUACUUUUUGGGGAUAACUGCAGAAGGCCAACAGUGGCUCCAUAAGGAUUUUAAAAAAUUAUUAGAAUUCCCAAACAUCAUGCAAAAUCACUGCUGUUUCACUGUAACUGCUCACUGCUUUUGUCCAAAUCCUCCUUUUUCUAGCCUUCUGCCAUGCAUGAAGAUUUGGGGUGGGGAAAAAGCUUGUGACUUGUAUCAGGAUGACCCGAAUAAUUAAAACAAGUGAAAUGAUGAAAACAA